AAUCCAAUCCAUUGGUAAAUCACAAAGAGCUAAAAAGCAAUUAAGAUGAGAAAGAAAAAGGUGAAUGAAUAGAUAAGACUAAUUAAUUACUAUAAGAUGACCACGACUAGAGAAAAAAUCGGAGAUGAUCCGAAUCCAAAAAUGAGAUAGGGAGCGUUAAAUUAAAUUUCUUAAUACGACUUUAGUGAAGGAAAAGUCUCACUCCCUCCUAUAAAACAAAAGCAUAGUCCAGUAACUGACAACCAGAACUAAAAGAAUGGCAGCAUUUGAUUUCAAAGUUCUUCUGUUAUUACUCUCUCUUUUAUCCAUUACUACUCAUAUCCAUUCUUUUGAAGCUCUUCCUUUUCGUUUUGAUGAUUUUUCCGAUCUCAAUCGGAGCUGUUUCCCGCCAGACUUUGUUUUUGGAACAGCCUCCUCUGCUUUCCAGUAUGAAGGUGCAGCACUUGAAGAUGGAAAAGGACCAAGUAUUUGGGAUACUUUCACUCAUAAAUACCCAGAAAAAAUAAGAGAUAGAGCUAAUGGAGAUGUAGCUGACGAUGCGUAUCAUCGAUACAAGGAAGAUAUUGGAAUCAUGAAGGAUAUGAAUUUGGAUGCUUAUAGAUUCUCGAUUUCUUGGUCUAGAGUGCUUCCAAAAGGAAAACUUAGUGGAGGUGUAAACCGCGAGGGAAUAAAAUACUACAACAACGUCAUCAACGAAGUAUUGGCUAAUGGUUUGCAACCAUAUGUGACACUUUUCCAUUGGGACGUUCCCCAAGCCUUAGAAGACGAGUAUCGCGGUUUUCUAAGCCCUGACAUUGUCGAUGACUUUAGGGACUAUGCUGAACUUUGCUUCAAGGAAUUUGGUGAUAGGGUGAAACAUUGGAUUACUUUGAAUGAACCAUGGAGUGUGAGCAUGAAUGCUUAUGCAUUUGGAAAAUUUGCGCCAGGUCGAUGUUCAGAUUGGUUAAAUCUGAAUUGCACCGGAGGUGAUUCAGGGAGAGAACCAUAUUUGACUGCGCAUUACCAACUUCUUGCUCAUGCUGCUGCUGCGAGACUGUACAAGACCAAAUAUCAGGCAACUCAAAACGGUAAAAUAGGGAUUACCUUACUCUCUCACUGGUAUGAGCCGGCAUCUAAAGAGAAAGCAGAUGUUGAUGCCGCAAGACGAGGCCUCGACUUCAUGUUUGGAUGGUUUAUGCAUCCACUCACAAAAGGCAGCUAUCCGAGAAGCAUGCGAUCUUUGGUCGGGAAACGGCUACCAAAGUUCUCCAAAGAAGAAUCCAAGAAACUUAAGGGGUCCUUCGAUUUUCUAGGCCUAAACUAUUAUUCAUCCUAUUAUGCUGCUAAAGCACCUCGCAUACCGAAUGCCAUACCAGCCAUACAAACUGAUUCUCUUAUUAAUGCUACAUUUGAACAUGAUGGCAAGCCCCUUGGUCCAAUGGGUGCUUCCAAUUGGUUAUGCAUUUAUCCACGAGGAUUUCGACAACUGUUACUUUACGUCAAAAAUCACUACAACAACCCCGUAAUUUACAUUACAGAAAAUGGUCGUGAUGAGUUCAACGAUCCAACACUGUCACUUCAAGAAUCCCUUUUAGAUACUUACAGAAUUGAUUACUAUUACCGUCAUCUUUAUUAUCUUGAAACUGCAAUCAGGGAUGGUGUGAAUGUAAAGGGAUAUUUUGCAUGGUCAUUGUUGGAUAACAUGGAAUGGGAAUCUGGCUUCAGCUUGCGAUUUGGACUCGUCUUUGUGGAUUAUAAAAACGACUUGAAAAGACACCCAAAACUCUCGGCGCAUUGGUUUAAGAAUUUCCUCAAAAAAUCUUAGACAUAUGUAUUCAGCACGGUUCUAAGAAAAGUAUUAUGUUUAAAUGAACUUAGGAUAGAGAUAUGAAAUUCACUCAUGUAGAACUCUGACAUAAAAGAAUUUUCAAUAAAAGAGUUCAGAUUUAGUAAAGCA